AUGAGCUCCCCGUCGCACACCCAGUCGUCGGUGGCCUCCACCGUCUUCGCCGUGGGGCUGGGGGUGGGGGUGGCGGCCGUCGCUGGCGUGGCUGUGGGCGCCAUGUUCGGGGCAAGCGCCCUAAGUAUCGCCGCGGCCAGUAAGCAGCAGGCCCGCCCCCCUCUGACCGCCAAGGACCUCCGGCGGGACGAGGAGGGACGCAUCCUCAACUGGCGCAGCGCCCUGCGCAUCAUCCAGCAGGGGGGCAUCUCCCCCGAGCUGCGUGGCACCCUCUGGCCCUUCCUCCUGGGCGUCUUUUCCCCCGACUCCACGGAGCAGGCCCGGGCCCGGGAGCUGGCGCGCCUGCGCGGCGUCUACGCCCAGCUCCUCCGCGCCGCACGAGCGGCGGUGGCCUUUGGCGAGGCGCACCGCAUCAUCGUCAUGGACGGUCUGCGCACCGAUCUGCGCGGCGGCGAAGACCGCGGCGUCGACCCGGGCGCGGGGCUCAGCCCUCGGCACUGGGACAGCCGCGCCGCGCGCGACGCGCUGGCCGCGAUGCCGGAGGGCGCGGCGCACGCGCCCCGCACGCUGCGCCUGAUCCGCCUGCUGUCGGCCUACAGCGUGCACGACCCUGAGACGGGGUACUGCCAGGGCAUGUCAGACCUGGCGGCGGUGGUGGUCAUGCUCGUCCCCGACGAGGCCCUGGCCUUUGCCUGCUUCGAGCGGGUCAUGCGCCACGCGCGCAGGAACUUCCGGCACGACGAGACCGGCAUCAAGCACCAGCUGCUGCAGCUGGCGCACAUACUGUCGGACACCGACCCGCCACUCUACGCGCGGCUUCGGGCGCUGGACUCCGGGGACUGCAUGUUUGCCUACCGCAUGGUGGUGGUGAUGCUGCGCCGGGAGCUGCCCCUCCCGCGUGUGCUCCUGGUCUGGGAGGCGGCGUGGGCGCAUGCGGCCGCGGCCGGCCGGGGAGACGGUGUGCCGACCGGCUCCGCCGCCGCGUAUGCCGGCGGCACGUCCAUCCCGCCCCCAGACUUUGUGCUGCAGUUCAUUGCGGCGGUGGUCCGAGGCCAGCGGCGCCAGGUGAUGAGCUGCUGCCACGGCACGGACGAUGUGCUGCGCCUCUUCUCCGGCGUGCAGAUCGAUUUCUGGCUGAGCCUGGCCCAGGCGCAGAAGCAGUACAAGGCGUACAGCCAGGGAGGGCGGGUGCCGAGGGCUGGCGCGCAGUAA